GUGGAUACUACUGAUUGUCUUGCAUCAUGAGCUUCGCCAUGAGUCAACUUUCCAUGUGGUAAUUAAAUAUCCGAAUUUCACCAUGUACCCAAGAGCAAUCUUAAAGGACACCUUGUACAAGAAAUCACAGCAGAAGAGAAGAACUUCACCAUGCAAUUACAAAGAGAGAAUUUUCGUGUUAAACACACAGGAUCUGACAUACUUUGAAAAUCGACCAGGGAAAAAGCCAACUCAAAAAGGUUGCAUUGAGCUAUCGCACAUCAAGUGUGUGGAGAUUGUACGCAGUGAUGUUCCCAUACCCUGUAAUUACAAAUACCCUUUCCAGGUCGCCCAUGACAGCUACUAUCUUUAUGUCUUUGCUCCAAACAAUGACUGCAGGUUAAAAUGGGUCAGAGCUCUGAAAGAAGCGACACAAUGUAACACCUUGUUUAUGAAGUAUCACCCUGAUUUCUGGGGAGAAGGGAAAUGGAGAUGUUGUCAUCAGACGGAUAAGCUGGCAACAGGAUGCAGUGAAUAUUAUCCCAAUGGAGCCAAACCUCUUCCGCCAACUCCAGAUCCAAAGCACCGAUAUAUAGAUUCAGAGGAGCGAAUUGUUGUGGCCUUAAGAAAUUUCAACCCUGAAGAAGAUUCAGACCUUCCACUACAUAAAGAUGAAGAGUAUGUUGUUGUCGACAGUUCAGAACCAAACUGGUGGACUGUGAGAGACAAAAAUGGAAAUGUUGGACCAGUGCCUUGCAUAUACAUUGCAGAAAAAAUGUCAAACAACAUUGAUAAAUUUGAAUGGUACAAUAAGGACAUGACCCGGACAGAGGCAGAAGAGUUAUUAAUGAGAGAGAACAAGGACGGCGGUUUCAUGGUUCGUGACUCGAGACAUGCUGGAGUCUACACAGUGUCAAUAUUUACCAGAGCUUCAGGGUCAGAUGGAGAGAAGUACCCACUAGUAAAGCAUUACCAGAUCAAAGAGACAGAGGGAGAAAACGUCAAGUAUUACUUAGCUGAGAAAUAUGUGUUCUCGAGUAUUCCUGAGCUCAUACGUUAUCACCAACACAAUUCAGCUGGUUUGAUAACAAGGCUGAGGCACUGUGUCUCUAGAAACAUUCAAUACUCUUCAAGGAUCAAUGAGUUGUCAUCAGAGAAGUGGGAGAUUUACUCUGAAGAACUGAUUUUAAGUGAGGAAUUGGGCAGCGGGCAGUUUGGCUUGGUAUGGAAAGGAUGCUGGCAUGAGAAGCAGGUGGCAGUUAAGACUGUUCGAGAGGGUUUCAUGUCAGAGGAGGAGUUUAAAGAGGAGGCGCAUAUUAUGAUGAAAUUGUCCCACACUAAGCUCGUGCAGUUGUAUGGAGUGGUCACUCAGCGCUCACCAAUGUAUCUAGUAUUUGAAUUCAUGGAAUAUGGCUGCUUGACAGACUUCUUGCGUGCCAAAAAAGGCUGUCUUUCCCAGGAGGUACUCCUUGCGAUGUGCUUGGAUGUAAGUGAGGGGAUGGCCUACCUGGAGAGCUCCAACUUCAUCCAUAGAGACUUGGCUGCAAGAAACUGUCUGGUUUCUAAAGAUCAUGUGGUGAAGAUAUCAGAUUUUGGAAUGACCAGAUUUGUCCUAGAUGACCAGUACACCAGUUCAUUUGGAACCAAAUUUCCAGUCAGAUGGUCCUCUCCAGAGGUGAUAAGAUUUGGGAAGUACAGCAGCAAAUCAGAUGUGUGGUCAUUUGGUGUGCUUAUAUGGGAGGUGUACAGUGAGGGACGUAUGCCCUAUGAUAACCGUAGCAAUUCAGAGGUGGUGGAGACACUCAGUGCAGGACUGCGGCUCCUGAGACCCCGUCUCUGUCCACAGAGUGUGUAUGAGUUAAUGCAGUGGAGCUGGAAAGAGAAACCUGACGAUCGCCCCUCCUUUGCUCUGCUUCUGCACGAACUGGCCUGCCUUGAUCAAGAUCCUUGAUUCUGAUCACACCAUCAUCUUUACAAGAUGAUUUUGAAAUUAUGAAAAUAUUGUAUAUUGUACAAAUUACAUAUUGUAUUUAUUUGUAUAUUUUAUUUAUUUACCAGAUUCCUUAUUUUCACCAUUUAUUUCUCAUUAUUAGUCACUUAAUGGCAUUUAUGCUGUGUUUCUAUACACACAAGACUUACAUGAUUCUACACAUUCUACAUUUGUCCCUUAGGAGGCACACAUGAGUCAUUAAAAAUGCUGUUACACUAUAUUUAACAAAACAUGACAUUUUCAAUUUGGAGCUGAAUCCAUGUUUAUUCACAUUUACCUGCCAAGUUAAAAGUAAUAUUUAAGCUGAAUUGUUGAUGUGAUUUGAUUAUAAGUGUUUCAAAGGUUUUAAUAAAA